AUGUCCACCUCCAUCUACCCAGCGUACCCGCCGGAGUUGAAUGAAGAGCAGAAUGCUUACCUGCUAUCCAACUUGAAGGACUGGUCAAUCGCCAAUGGCCUCGCGGUGAGACCGGCUCCCUCGUUCGUGCCAGCAGAGCAAGAUCCGGCUAUAGCACUGGCGACGACUGCACCGGUGACGCUCUUCCCAAGUCUUUUUCCGAAGGGCUGCUUUGAGCAAGCAAAGGGCGUCGCCAAGGCGUACAAUGAGCUCUACUCUGCCAUUGCUAGUGAUGAGGGAUGGUUGACUGGCAUUGUUGAAGAGUAGGUACUGGUUUGGCUGCUCUCACUCUUACUUUGCGUCACAUGAGACAGUGUAUGUGAAGGAGGCGAAUGCUCUCGGCUCACACCUUGCCCGUGAUGUCUAUCAAGGGAUGAGGCUGUCACAUGAAGCCGUCACGCUCGCGGCGCUCAUUUCACUUCAGGUCUUUCUGGGUAGCUACUGACCACGUUCGCGCAGGUUGGUGGAGAUCGACGACUUCAUGGCUGGAUUAUGGAAGGUGCACCUCGCUGUGAAGAGAGAGGGAUACGCUCAGGCAGGUUUUGUUGCCAUCGAACUACCACUCGCUGGCUGACUUGAUGGCAGCCUCUUGCCUUGGGGCUUUUUCGCUCAGACUAUAUGGUGCAUGUCGACGAGUCAAAUCCAUCCAAGACCUCCGUCAAGCAAGUGGAGUUUAACACAAUAGCUUCCUCGUUCGGCGGUCUGUCAAGCCAAGUCGCGGGCCUUCAUCAGCAUCUCCGUGCAAUCGAUGCGUACCCGGAAGAGCUCUCGUCGACAAUCAAUGAGUCGUCGCUACCUGCCAGCACCUCCGUGCCCUCGUUGGCAGCUGGCAUGGCUCAGGCACAUCAAGCGUACGGGCCUUCAACGACAGGCCUGCCAACCUGUGUCAUCUUCCUCGUACAAGAUCCAGAGCGGAAUGUGUUUGAUCAAAGGCAUCUGGAAUACGCUCUGAACAAGAAUCACGGCGUUCGAACCUUCAGACUGCUCUUUGACAAAGUUCUUCAAGAAACGAAUGUUGACGACAAACGAAAGCUAAUAUACUCACCUCCUCACACUCCUCAGAAGCAGUAUGAGGUCAGUCUGGUUUACCUCAGAGCUGGAUACGGGCCAGGCGAAUACAAAGACCAGUCGCAUUGGGAUGCGCGGCUUCAGCUCGAGCGCAGCGCGGCAAUCAAGUGUCCAACCGUGCUAACCCAACUUGCCGGGACCAAAAAGGUUCAGCAGGUGCUAGCGACACCUCACUCGCCACACCUGGCCCACUUCCUGCCAGACAAACAGGAAGCGGCAGCGGUUCUGGAGACCUUCGCUCCCAUUUACCCACUGGACAAGAGUGAAGCAGGCAACGAGGCUCGCAAGCUGGCCACAAGUCCAGAAACGGCGGUUCGAUACGUCCUCAAACCCCAGCGAGAAGGCGGAGGCAAUAACAUCUACCGCCAAGCGAUACCGGACUUCUUGAAAGGACUUCCAGAAUCCCACUGGCCGGCGCAUAUCCUGAUGGAGAUGAUCGAGCCUCCUGCACAGAGUAACACCAUCUUUCGCAACGGCGAGCUGCAGAGCGGUGGCGUGAUAUGCGAACUGGGCAUCUACGGGGCAUGCCUCUGGCAGACCGAAGCGAAUGGAAGUCGAAAGAUGCUGGAGAACUCUGAGGCGGGCUAUUUGUUGCGCACCAAGGGCGACCAAAGCGAGGAAGGCGGCGUUGCCGCGGGCUUUGGCUCGGUCGACAGCCCUUGUCUCGUGGACAUUUGA